CUUGCAUGGGAAAAAUAGUAAGUUUCUAACAUUUAUGGUUGAGAUUUAAUUAAUAUAAAUAUAAACUAUGCACAUUAUUACUUUCAUUAACAUGGGACACAGGCGUCAGGCAGAUGUUAGUAAGGAUUCAUGUCAUGUCAGGUGGUACGGUUGCCUAGGCUUAUAUAUGUCUCUUAUCACCCCCCAUAGGCAUCACUCCAGCGCUAGUAGCCUACUCGGAGCAUUCAUCUUCGUUCCGUCCACAUGCAUUCGUUCUCGUUUCACUAAAGGAGGUGUAGUUUGUCCGUUUGCUCUGCUAAAAGGGGUUGGACAAAAAUAUUUUCCAUCUUGAAAAAUUGCAAAAGCUUCGCAACAUGGCGUCAAUAGGAGAUUUCGACCCGCUCAAUGCUUCCAUCCCUGCCACCAAAGUUGAAAUCACAGUGUCUUGCAGAAAUCUGCUGGACAUGGACACCUUUUCCAAAUCAGAUCCAAUAUGUGUUCUGUACACACAAGGCAUCAGCAAUAAGGAGUGGAGAGAGUUUGGAAGGACAGAGGUGAUUGAAAACACUCUCAACCCGGAGUUUGUUCGUAAAUUCAUCUUGGAUUAUUUCUUUGAGGAACGACAGAAUCUGAGAUUUGACCUGUACGACGUCGACUCAAAGAGCGCCAACCUGUCGAAACAUGACUUCCUUGGCCAGGCGUUCUGUACGUUGGGAGAGGUGGUGGGAUCGCUGGGCAGCCGCAUUAAGAAACCUCUCGUGGGCCUUCCUGGAAAGAAGUGUGGAGACAUCAUUGUUAAGGCAGAAGAGAUGGGAAACUGCAGGGAGUCGGUGAUGAUGCAGUUCUGUGGGAAUAAACUGGACAAGAAAGAUUUCUUCGGCAAGUCGGACCCUUUCCUCGUCUUCUACCGCAGCAAUGAAGAUGGAACGUUCACAACCUGCCAUAAGACAGAGGUGGUGAAGAACACACUAAACCCAGUGUGGCAGGCCUUCAAGAUACCCGUCAGAGCACUCUGCAACGGAGACUACGACAGAACGAUCAAGAUAGAAUGCUACGACUGGGACAGAGAUGGAAGCCAUGACUUCAUAGGAGAGUUCACUACCAGCUACAGAGAGCUAUCCAGAGGCCAGUCCCAGUUCAACGUGUAUGAGGUUGUAAAUCCAAAGAAGAAAGGAAAAAAGAAAAAAUACCUCAACUCUGGAACGGUAACACUGCUCUCAUUCCUGGUGGAUAUAGAGGCCACCUUCCUCGACUACAUCAAAGGAGGGACCCAGAUUAAUUUCACAGUGGCGAUUGAUUUCACCGCUUCAAACGGCAACCCAACCCAGCCCACCUCCCUCCACUACAUGAGUCCCUACCAGAUGAAUGCCUACGCCAUGGCCAUGAAGGCUGUAGGGGAGAUCAUCCAGGACUACGACAGUGAUAAGAUGUUCCCUGCUUUGGGCUUCGGAGCCAAGCUGCCCCCUGACGGACGGGUCUCACAUGAGUUCGCCCUGAAUGGCAACCCCCAAAACCCAUACUGUGCAGGUAUAGAUGGAGUGAUGGAGGCAUAUUACCAGAGCCUGAAGUCUGUCUGCCUCUACGGCCCAACCAACUUCUCCCCUGUCAUCAACCACGUGGCCAGGUACGCUGCGUCAGUGAAGGAUGGCUCUCAGUACUUCAUCCUCCUCAUCAUCACAGAUGGAGUCAUCUCAGACAUGGCCCAGACCAAGGAGUCCAUCGUCAACGCUUCGUGUCUUCCAAUGUCGAUUAUCAUCGUAGGGGUGGGACCAGCAGAAUUUGAUGCGAUGAUCGAGUUGGACGGGGAUGAAGUGAGGAUCUCGUCGAAGGGAAGAUAUGCAGAGAGGGACAUUGUUCAGUUUGUCCCAUUCAGAGACUACACCGAUCGGACAGGGAACCACAUCCUGAGUAUGGCCCGUCUAGCCAAGGAUGUCCUGGCUGAGAUCCCUGACCAGUUCCUCUCCUACAUGAGGAUCAGAGGCAUCAAGCCCUCGCCCGCACCCCCUCCAUACACCUCCCCAGGACACCCCCUGCAGACGCAGAUCUGAAGGGUGCGGAGAUGCCCCCUGGUCCCGAACAAAAACCUCUUCAAAUAUGUAUUCGUCUCUCUCCUCUCUGCAUCACUCGCUCAGUGAUAGGAGAGGCCUUCUUGGCUUUCUCGCACUCUCUCAUUGCACUAAUGGAGGCUGACUGACUGGCAGGGUUCUAGAAGUUUUUACUGAGCGGUUCUAAAGGGUUCUACUUUGGAACGGGCGGAUGGAGUCAACAGAGGCAUGUUUACUUUCAUUGUCAAACGUUCCUCCGUUUGGACUUCGUGUAUAUCGGCCAAUGGAGACACUCUCUGGGACACAACCGGGAAGAUGGACAGAGUCUGGUCUUCCCAACUCACCUGGCAAGGAAUGAAGGAUUUAAGGAAAGAACGAAAGGAAGGAUGACAGGAGGAAAGUUCCUGGGGACUGGCCUUUUUCAGGAGCAGAGUGGUGAAAAGGUUCUAUAGUCUGGAUGUGGUAUCACUUGUCUGUUGUAAAUAACUGGAAAUAUAUUUCUAUCUCUCUACUCUGUCUCUCUAUUCUUCCAACUCUCACUCAAUGUUUACAGUACAUGUUAAUGAUAAUGAGUUUUACCAUUGGACACAUGUAUAAUAUACAGUACCAGUCAAAAGUUUGGACACAUCUACUCAUUCAAGGGUUUUUCUUUAUUUUGACUUUUCUACAUUGUAGAAUAAUAGUGAAGACGUCAAAACAAUGAAAUACACAUAUGGAGUCAUGUAGUAACCAAACAAGUGUUAAACAAAUCAAAAUAUAUUUGAGAUUCUUCAAAGUAGCCACCCUUUUCCUUGAUGGCAGCUUUGCACACUCUUGGCAUUCACUCAACUAGCUUCAUUUUUUGGCUGCUUUUCCUUCACUCUGCGGUCCAACUCAUCCCAAACCAUCUCAAUUGUGUUGAGGCUGGGUGAUUGUGGAGGCCAGGUCAUCUGAUGCAGCACUCCAUCACUCUCCUUCUUGGUCAAAUAGCCCUUACACAGCCUGUUGGUGUGUUGUGUCAUUGUCCUGUUGAAAAACAAAUGAUGGUCCCAUUAAGUGCAAACCAGAUGGGAUGGCGUAUCGCUGCAGAAUGCUGUGGUAGCCAUGCUGUUUAAGUGUGCCUUGAAUUCCAAACAAAUCACUGACAGUGUCACCAGUAAAGCACCAAAAGCACCAUCACAGCACAUCCUCCACGCUUCAUGGUGGGAACCACACAUGCGGAGAUCCUCCGUUAACCUGCUCUGCGUCUCACAAAGACACAGCGGUUAGAACUAAAAAUCUCCCAUUUGGACUCAUCGGACCAAAGGACAGAUUUCCACGGGUCUAAUGUCCAUUGCUCAUGUUUCUUGGCCCAAGCAAGUCUCUUCUUAUUAUUGGUGUCCUUUAGUAAUGGUUUCUUUGCAGCAAUUCAACCACGAAGGCCUGAUUCAUGCAGUAUCCUCUGAACAGUUGAUGUUGAUUUGUCUGUUACUUGAACUCUGUAAUGAAGCAUUUAUUUGGGAUGCAAUAUCUGAGGCUGGCAACUAAUGAACUUAUCUGGGUCUUCCUUUCCUGUGGCGGUUCUCAUGAGAGCCAGUUUCAUCAUGGCGCUUGAUGGUUUUUGCGACUGCAUUUGAAGAAACUUUCAAAGUUCUUGAAAUGUUCCGUAUUGACUGACCUUCAUUUCUUAAAGUAAUGAUGGACUGUGGUUUCUCUUUGCUUAUUUGAGCUGGGCUAUGGUGUUUUACCCAAUAGGGCUAAUUCCGUAUACCACACCUACCUUGUAACAACACAACUGAUUGGCUCAAGUGCAUUAAGAUGGAAAGAAAUUCCACAAAUUAACAAGGCACACCUGUUAAUUGAAAUGCAUUCCAGGUGACUACCUCAUGAAGCUGUUUGAGAGAAUGCCAAGAGUCUGCACAGCUGUCAUCAAGGCAAAGGGUGGCUGCUUUGAAGAAUCUCAAAUAUAAAAUAUAUUGUGGCAAUUUGUUUAACAUUUUUUUGGUUACUACAUGAUUCCAUAUGUGUUAUCUCAUAGUUUUGAUGUCUUCACUAUUAUUCUACAAUGUAGAAAUUAGUCAAAAUAAAGGAAAACCCUUGAACGAGUAGGUGUGUCCAAUCUUUUGACUGAUACUGUACAUACUUUCAGUUUGGAACUUUGGAAUAUCAAUCAAUAUUCUCUCUCUUUAUCUCUCAGCGUGUUGUCUUUGCCAGGGGAGUCAGGUUGAGGUUGAAACAGUGCAGGUCCAAGUAGCCACUGUACCAUACUAUGUUGUCCCUUUGCAUGAGUGUAGCGUCAGAGCAUGCAUUGUGGUCCUACACUUCCCUGCCUGUCACUGCUCUCAGGCUUUGGGGUUAAAUGUUUGUUGUUGAUGCGCAUUCUUGCUCCUUUCUAAACUGCCUUGGCGAUAGGGUGCCCAUGCCAGCCACGCUGCGAGUGCCCACGGGUUUUCUCACUGUGCCGAGAACAACAGUGACUCAACCAACAUCAUAUUCUCUUCCAAAUCCAUUUAAAUAACAACAGAUGCUCUCCGAUCCAGUUUGAGACAACAGCAGAAGCCCAGUAGUCAAAAACAGUUACAAAAAUGAUUUCCUUCUGUUCGGUUCUUGUUAUUUUGUAUUAUUAUUAUUAUUAUUAUUACAUUUGUCAUUUAGACUUACAGGAGCAGUUCGGGUUAAGUGCCUUGCUCAAGGGCACUUGGGCAGAUUUUUUUCUUCUCAACUAGUCGGCUCGGAAUUCGAACCAGCGACCUUUCAAUUACUGACCCCAACACUCUUAACCACUUGGUUAUUGCCUUGGAAGUUGAUAUUCUUAAGUAGAUUGUUUUAAGUUGCCUUGUUAAGGUAACUUUAUUGUUUUGAGUUGUGCCAAUCAUUAUGUCAUUAUUUAUUUGUUCUAGUGUUAAGCCCCGAGUGUGUUGGCCGCAGAUGAUGGUGUCUGGCGGUUAUCAUGACAACUUGUUCUUCCUAAAUGUAAUUCCCAUCCAAUAAUCCCAAUUAACAAUACCCACUGAGGGUAUCCUCGCCGAGGAAAAACUCCUGGCCCGUAGCCAUUAUACCCAGUCAACCCACUCUUACUUCUUACAGCCAGGGUAUCCUCUUCAAUCUGCUGUCUUAAUGGGUUUGGAGUUUAUAUCAAUUGCCUUUUAAUGAUUAAUAAUAUUAAUCAUUAUUAUCAUAAUAUAGCUAUUAGCUACUGCUUGUAUGGAGGUGGUGUGUAAUUGAUAACUUGAUCGGUUACAUAUCAAUAUCCCUUAUCAAACUAACAGACAUUCCAACACUACAUUUAUGUAUUUCGCAGUUGUUGCCAUUUUCAUGUGUGUGCCACUGUCAGUCUGUUGCCAUAUCAUUACUGAUAGACCGAUGCCCUUUGCCACAAUUCAACCACAUAACAACUCCUCUCUUUUCUGUGUAAUUCCUCCUCUUGUUUCACCGCAGCUCAGUGGACGCAGCCUUACAGAUUACAAUCGACUGGGUUUUAAUGCUUUAAAUAGGAUCGACUCCAAGCCAAUAGUAUUUGGCAUAGCAGUAAGAGGGGGUUACAGCCCAGUGGAUUAUGUCAUUGGAGGGUCGUUUCAUGUAAUUUCGUUAUUCUAUGUCAAUGUUAAAGGGAUAGUUCGCCCAAAUUACAAAAUUCCAUAUUGGUUUCCUGAAAGCAGUCUAUGGACAAAAGUACGACAGCAAACCAUUCUUUGGUUUUGUUUACUUGGCCACUGUUUUUUGAAUUCUAACUUUUUAGCAUUUGUCACACAAUCCAAUGCAAGUCAAUGGUACCUACAGUGCCUUGCGAAAGUAUUCGGCCCCCUUGAACUUUGCGACCUUUUGCCACAUUUCAGGCUUCAAACAUAAAGAUAUAAAACUGUAUUUUUUGUGAAGAAUCAACAACAAGUGAGACACAAUCAUGAAGUGGAACGACAUUUAUUGGAUAUUUCAAACUUUUUUAACAAAUCAAAAACUGAAGAAUUGGGCGUGCAAAAUUAUUCAGCCCCCUUAAGUUAAUACUUUGUAGCGCCACCUUUUGCUGCGAUUACAGCUGUAAGUCGCUUGGGGUAUGUCUCUAUCAGUUUUGCACAUCGAGAGACUGAAAUAUUUUCCCAUUCCUCCUUGCAAAACAGCUUGAGCUCAGUGAGGUUGGAUGGAGAGCAUUUGUGAACAGCAGUUUUCAGUUCUUUCCACAGAUUCUCGAUUGGAUUCAGGUCUGGACUUUGACUUGGCCAUUCUAACACCUGGAUAUGUUUAUUUUUGAACCAUUCCAUUGUAGAUUUUGCUUUAUGUUUUGGAUCAUUGUCUUGUUGGAAGACAAAUCUCCGUCCCAGUCUCAGGUCUUUUGCAGAUUCCAUCAGGUUUUCUUCCAGAAUGGUCCUGUAUUUGGCACCAUCCAUCAAUUUUAACCAUCUUCCCUGUCCCUGCUGAAGAAAAGCAGGCCCAAACCAUGAUGCUGCCACCACCAUGUUUGACAAUGGGGAUGAUGUGUUCAGGGUGAUGAGCUGUGUUGCUUUUACGCCAAACAUAACAUUUUGCAUUGUUGCCAAAAAGUUCAAUUUUGGUUUCAUCUGACCAGAGCACCUUCUUCCACAUGUUUGGUGUGUCUCCCAGUUGGCUUGUGGCAAACUUUAAACGACACUUUUUAUGGAAAUCUUUAAGAAAUGGCUUUCUUCUUGCCACUCUUCCAUAAAGGCCAGAUUUGUGCAAUAUACAACUGAUUGUUGUCCUAUGGACAGAGUCUCCCACCUCAGCUGUAGAUCUCUGCAGUUCAUCCAGAGUGAUCAUGGGCCUCUUGGCUGCAUCUCUGAUCAGUCUUCUCCUUGUAUGAGCUGAAAGUUUAGAGGGACGGCCAGGUCUUGGUAGAUUUGCAGUGGUCUGAUACUCCUUCCAUUUCGAUAUUAUCGCUUGCACAGUGCUCCUUGGGAUGUUUAAAGCUUGGGAAAUCUUUUUGUAUCCAAAUCCGGCUUUAAACUUAUUCACAACAGUAUCUCGGACCUGCCUGGUGUGUUCCUUGUUCUUCAUGAUGCUCUCUGCGCUUUUAACGGACCUCUGAGACUAUCACAGUGCAGGUGCAUUUAUACGGAGACUUACACACAGGUGGAUUGUAUUUAUCAUCAUUAGUUAUUUAGGUCAACAUUGGAUCAUUCAGAGAUCCUCACUGAACUUCUGGAGAGAGUUUGCUGCACUGAAAGUAAAGGGGCUGAAUAAUUAUGCACGCCCAAUUUUUCAGUUUUUGAUUUGUUAAAAAAGUUUGAAAUAUCCAAUAAAUGUCGUUCCACUUCAUGAUUGUGACCCACUUGUUGUUGAUUCUUCACAAAAAAUACAGUUUUAUAUCUUUAUGCUUGAAGCCUGAAAUGUGGCAAAAGGUCGCAAAGUUCAAGGGGGCCGAAUACUUUCGCAAGGCACUGUAUAUUAGCAUUUUCAUUGCUUCGUAUGCAAAUCAUCUCAAGUAACAUACUUGAUUUUAAUAUGAAGUGUAAAAAUGCCACUAUGUGUCCUCUUUCUGGUGUCUUUUUGAGGUGGAACGACCCUGGACAGAAGUAGACAAGCAGGUCAACCCACUGAUUUAGUCAGAGGAGUACAGGCAUUUAGUGCUACAUGCCUGAGUCGACACAGUGCCACACCUAUACAGGGAGAUGUUGGCUAGCCUAGAGAGAGAAUAACCUCACACGGUAUAUUCAACAUGGCAGUCUGCCGUUUUAACCCACGUACUUUACACAACAUAUAUUUGAUGAGAAACUCUGCCUUGUUUAAAACAUUUUUGUUUAAAGACAUACAGUAGACACAAACGGUCUUUCCAACCUUUCCUGUCUCUCUCACAACUUUCAGUAAUGUCUUCUUUCAUCGUGUUUUUCUCACACAUUUGAAAGCCUUCCAUAAUUGCCUCCUCUGCAUCUGUAGUUGUAGCUGGUCUUGAGUCUUUGUAUCAUAAGAAACCUUAGCCAAAUCCAUAUGAGGCAUCGCAUGGCUCGUCAAAAGAAAUGCACGAUGUGGGGAAUAGCUAGUGUGUUAUUUGAAACCCAGCUUGUCUGUGCUGCAGUCUUCCACUGGGCUUGUAGCAGAGCAGGAGGUAUCAUUAGGACUUUGGGUCACAGUCUAGAGCUCGUUAUAGGCUCCCAUUAACCACCCACAGGCUACUGACACAGUGUGGACACACACACACACGUGUGCCCGUGCAUACACACACACACGACCACGCAGACACGCAUCCAGCUGAGAUCAUGUUCACCAUCAAGGACUACUGACGUUGUCAUUUUUUGCGCUCUCUUUUUACACUACUGUGGAAAGGAUCAUUCUUUUCUUUCACUGCUUUGCCACAACACUUGCCAUCUGCUUGCCAAGCCGUGUGUGUGUGUGUGUGUGUGUGUGUGUGUGUGUACGCGUGCCGCCAGAGUUUUUAAUAGAGCAUGUGAGUUCACACACGUGAUCUUUGUUUACUAAAGAUAUCCAAGAUAUCCGUGCACUAUGUUUGCAUGUACAGUUUUACAUGAGAUGCACCAGUUCUUUUGUUGUAAUUGAGUGUUUUGGAAAAAGAAAAUCUAUGAAAAUAACUAUACAAAAUGGCCUUAAAAUAAAUUCACUGAUUUCUUGGAAUUUGUGCGAUGCCUUCAGAUAUUGACUUGUUCUCUCUUUUUGUGUCCGUGUACAAUGUUUUCUUUGCAUAACUUCAUUUAUGGGGGAAACAAUUUUAGGACUCCGUGGUCAAUCAGAUGAAAGCCUGACUGAAGUUCUGAUUGUCUGGUAAUCCAUAUUAUAGAUUACUAUUUCUGAAUCAAACUACUGAUUUUUAAAUAAAGAUUCUUACUUAACACUAA